GAGCUGCGUCUCAGCUUGCGACGACAUCUGAAAAGACAGCUAGAUAUUCCCGAUCAGCCUCGCCUCGUCCAACUUUUGCACAAACAAUCUGCUCUUCUUCAACCACUAUACCGGUAUUGCCGCUCUGUGUGCAUUCGCGCUUCGGUUGAAAACAUCAUCGAAUAUAGACGACAGCGAAGAGCUGACGAACCUCUUCGCUUCGCCGCUUGCUUCUGGUUGCACGCGACAAGACGCUUCUCGGUGCUGCCUGAGCCUUCCCCUGGACCCCUUGGAUUGAAUCUUUCGCGCAAGGCUCUUGAUCCCCAGCUGUCCUUCUUAAUGACCGCCCAAGUCGCAACUCAAGCACCAUGAGGGUCAGGGGAGCUUUACAGGUGGCGGCCUUGCUUUCGUCGACCCUUUGCGCGACGCCCCUCGCAGCGAAGAAUGACCGGCCGACGUUCUACACCAAGUCGCUUGAAAGCAUGCCCAGAAACCUCAACUAUUUCGCCGACUCCGACGUUGUCUUGUUUCAGGACACAGAUGCCAACAUUGUUUACCGUUCCGAUGACGCCGGCGCAAAAUGGGAGCGCGUAGACUCGAUCCCCGACGGCAAGGCCUGGCUGCUCAAGAUGCACGAGUUCGACUCGAACCGGGCUUACAUCCUCACCGAGGGCACGCACCACUUUCGCACCAGCGACCGCGGCAAGACAUGGGACAAGUUCGACUCUGGCGCCGAGAUGAGCAUGUUCCGCAACGACAUCAUGCAAUUCCAUGCCUCCGAUCCCGACCGUGUCAUCUUCAACGGCAUGGUCUGCCAAGGCAUCUUCUGUCAGGAGGUUGCCAUGUACACCACUGACGGCUUCAAAACUCCCGCGAAGGAGCUGCGUAGAAACACGGACGGCUGCUGGUGGGCCAAGUCUUCGGACCUGUUUACCACGGGCUCGGAUGACCUGGAUAAGAACCGCAUCCUGUGCAUCGUUAGGGACGCCUUCUCGCCUUUCAAGCAGGACCAGCGCUUACUGGUCUCUGACAACUUCUUCAAGCCCACCAAGGAGAGCGACAACAUCCAGGAGUUUGAGCCUGACCUGGACACCAACAAGCCUGUAAAGGGCAUUGUGAACGUUGCCGCUGUCAAGAAAUACAUUCUGGCGGCCACGACCUCCAUGAACACAGACGAGAUGGCCCUCUUUGUCACCGACGACACUAAGAAGUGGCACCGCGCCAUUUUCCCCACGCCGCAUGACAGCCACGACCACCGCAUCAUGCAGGAGGCUUACACUGUGCUCGAUAGCACCAACUAUAGUAUCCAAAUCGAUGUCAUGACCGCCCGGCUAUCGAACUCGAUGGGCGUAAUCUUCACGAGCAACUCCAAUGGGACUUACUUCACCGAGAACGUUGAGCAUACAAAUCGCAACAAGAGGGGCAAUGUCGACUUUGAGAAGAUUACUGGCAUCCAGGGCAUAUUUCUGGUCAAUACGGUUGAAAACUGGGAAGAAGUUGAGAAGGCAAACGCCAAGAAGAAGGUCGUCUCCAAGAUCACGUUUGACGAUGGCCGGACCUUUGAAGAUGUCAAGACGGCUGAUGGCAAGAGCAUACAUCUCCACUCGGUGACAGAUUUAAGUAACGUGGGACGCGUCUUCUCCAGCCCCGCUCCCGGCCUCGUCAUGGGCAUCGGGAAUACGGGUGGCCAUCUCAAAGACUACUGGGACGGAGAUCUCUAUGUCUCGGACGACGCCGGCAAGACGUGGACCAAGGCGCGGGACGGGCCACACAAGUACGAAUUUGGAGACCAAGGGUCUAUCCUGGUUGCCGUGCGCGAUUCGGAAGAUUAUGAUGUCGGCGAAAUCAGCUACUCCCUUGACCACGGGUUGGAGUGGAAAAAGGAGCCUCUCCCGGACGGUCUCAAGAUCCUACCAUGGAUUCUCACCACCACCCCAGACUCGAGCAGUCUCAAAUUCAUCCUCAUCGGGAAGACAAAAAAGGACUGGCAAAUCAUCGGCAUCGAUUUUGAGGGUCUUCACGAAGCCACUUGCAAGGAGGAUGACAUGGAGGAGUGGUUUGCACGGGUUGACAAGGAUGGGAAGCCGACUUGCUUGAUGGGCCAUACGCAGAGCUUCCACCGCCGCAAGAAGAAGGCCGAAUGCUUCCUCAAGCAGGAGUUCAAGCACACCGUGGCGGAAACCAAGGAUUGCGACUGCACCGACAUGGAUUACGAAUGCGAUUUCAAUUUCGAGAGAGAUAAGGACGGCAAAUGCAUCUCCAGAGGGCCUAUCGCCGCGCCGGAGGGAGCGUGUAAAGAUGGCGAUCCGGAUGCCACCUUCAAGGGCACUUCAGGAUACCGCAAGAUCCCGGGAAAUACGUGUAAAGCGACUCCAGAGAUGGACGAGAAGUACAAGGAUGUGAACCGGAAAUGCGCUGAUAUCAUCGGCAAGCCCUCGGGUCCGGCAACGGACAAAGUCGAACAAACUCAGAAAUCCUUCAAAGGCUCGUGGGAUUGGUGGGAGAAGCACUACCUUGAGCGCGGCGAGUCGAGCUCCGCUGACGAUGAGACCAUUAUCAUGCGUGGAUGGAAGGGGUCGUCGGCGGGCCCCAUUCAUAUCACCAGCGACCACGGGAAGACGUGGAAAACUCCAAAGGAGCUCGAUGACGAGGACAUUCAGCGCAUCAUCCCACAUCGAUACUUCAAGGACAUGAUUUACUUCGUCACAUCUGGAAAGAAUGUCAUUUAUUCUCCCGACCGCGGCAGGACCUUCCACAGCUUCAAAGCUCCCAUGGAGCCGGCUGAAGCCUACCCUAUAUCCUUCCAUCCAGACAAGAAGCGAUGGCUGAUCUGGAUGGGCAAGAAGUGUGAGAACAACGAAUGCUAUGGAGUUGCCUCGUACAGCAAGGAUGGCGGGGACCACUGGGAGACAGCGGGCCAAUACGUCCUGCGCUGCGAGUUUACUGGAUCCGCGGCCUACAAGUAUCCCGAUCGCAAGGAGGAGCAGAUACUCUGCUUGAGGCAUGAGGAAGAGAAUAAGGACAGCACGGUAGUGCUGAGCUCGACCAAUGACUGGUUUGUGAACGACGAGGUUCGCGGCAGGAACGUCAAGGAUUUCGCCGUCAUGUCCGAGUUUAUCGUGGUUGCAAGCGAGAAUACGGACAAGAAGACACUGGAAGCGAGCGCGAGUCUCGACGGUAUUACAUUCGCUGAGGCCCGCUUCCCCUAUGACUUUGUGAUUCCGCACCAGCAUGAGUAUACGGUUCUGGACAGCUCGACGCACGCUGUUAACUUGUUCGUCGCCACUGAGAGGAGAGAGAAGCACACGUACGGAACCAUCCUCAAGAGCAACUCCAACGGGACGUCGUACGUGGUCAGCGUGAGGAACGUCAAUUGCAAUGACGAAUACUAUGUCGACUUUGAGAAGAUGCUUGGCAUAGAAGGAGUUGCCCUCGUGAAUGUGGUUGCCAAUCCGGACGAGCAGGGUAGCGCCCCUAAGAAGCUGCAGACCAAAAUCACACACAAUGACGGAGCUCGGUGGGCCUACCUGGCGCCCCCUGCGGACGAUGAGUUUGGCAAGUUCCCCUGCCAAUCCGAGGGCGACGAGAAGUGUGCGUUGCACCUCCAUGGCUACACGGAACGCAGGGAUCGCGGCAAGACGUACUCGUCCGAGGGCGCGGUUGGAAUCAUGUUCGCUUGGGGCAACGUCGGUGAAUUCCUGGGUACGCGCAAGGAUGCCGAUACCUUCAUGACUACGGAUGCCGGCAUCUCUUGGAAGCGGGUCAAGCAAGGGCAGUGGACAUGGGCGAUUGGGGACCAAGGUGCCGUCCUGGUACUCAUCCAGACCACUGUUGUGGCAGCAACGAAGACGAAGGUCCUCUAUUAUUCCCUUGAUCAAGGUGCAACCUGGACAGAGCAUGAGUUCUCCGCCGAGGAGGUCGAGGUCUGGGACAUUACGACCCUCCGGGCGGGCAAUUCACGCAACUUUUUGCUCUGGGGGAAAGACAGCAACGGUCCCUUCACUUUGAAUCUAGACUUUACAGGCUUCACGGAGCGCGUUUGCAAACAUGACGACGACCUGGACAAGUCAGAUUACUACAUCUGGUCGCCGGAACAUCCCUUGCAGCCUGACGGCUGCCUGUUUGGCCACAAGACGCAGUAUCUGCGCAAGAAGGCCGACAGGAAAUGCUACAAUGAUUUCAGAUUGCAGCCACUGUACGGCAAGCAGAACUGCACCUGCACGAGGGAGGACUUUGAAUGCGACUACAACUUUGAAAUGGACGCAUUUGGGCAGUGCUCUCUAGUGCAGGGGCUUCCGCCACCGGAUCCCGUUGCCUGGUGCGCCAAACACCCGGAUGAGAUUGAGUACCACGAGCCGACAGGCUACCGGCGCAUCCCGCUGACGACGUGCGUGGGCGGGCGCGAGUACGACAAGGAGUCGCCCGUCCGCCCGUGCAAGGGCCACGAGGACGAGUUUGAGCGCAAGCACGCCGCGUCUCCCCUGGCCGUCAUCCUGGCCGUAUGCGCGCCCGUGGCCCUUGCGGGCGCCGUCGGCUGGUACGUGUGGCGCCACUGGAACGGCAAGUUUGGCCAGAUCCGCCUCGGCGAGGACGGCGCGGCCGCCUUCGACUCGGACAGGCCCUGGAUUAAGUACCCCGUCAUUGCCCUCAGCGCCGUGGUGGCCGUCGUUGGGGCCUUGCCCGUCGUCGCGGCCGCCGUGUGGAGGACUGCCCGGGGCGCGGCCGAGAGGUGGGGGCUUGGUGGAGACGCCGGAGGAGGAAGGGGUGCCUGGAGCAGGCUCAACGGCUCGGGCGCCAGUGCGAGGCGGUUCACCACGAGGGACAGCUUUGCCCGCGGCUCGGGCGAUUACGAUGUCAUUGAUGAUGACGAGGGGGAGUUGUUGGGGGAGGAUAGUGACGACGAUGCGGUAUGAUGUAUAAGGAGGAUUUUGGGUUAUGGCUAGGUUUUCUUGCC